CUGCAUUGUGGAAAGACAGCCUGGAUCUCUUUGGGAAGACUUACACAGGGAUACAGACAUGACCAGAAACAGUGAAAGGAUCAUUGAAGUAAUGGACAAAUAUUUUUCAGAGAGUGACAAGAUGGCCCCAGAAAACAUGCUGUUUUCCUACAGAGGUAUUUUAUACCCAAUUACAGUUAGCAGCCCGGAGACUUUGGAAGCUCUGGAAUCCUUUGAAGCCAGAAGUGAUGAUGUGAUUCUCGUAGGCUAUCCUAAAUCAGGAACCAAUUGGCUUGAACAAAUGGUGAAGGAGUUGGCAGAUGCCAAAUAUACAGAAGAGGAAAUGAAAGAGAGAAUAAAUGCUGAAAAGAAUCUAGAGACAUUUCAGCGUCUAGAAUUUGGGGAUCCCGGGAUAUAUGAGAGGAUGAAGCAGCUUCCUACCAGAAGAAUUAUAGUAACUCAUCUGAAACCUGAUCUCCUGCCUCCAUCCAUUUUCCAAAGCAAGGCUAAGAUCCUUGUGCUAGUUCGGAACCCCAAGGACACAGCUGUCUCCUACUACCAUUUCUACAACAACCUACCACUGCUGCCGUCCAUCGCCUCCUGGGAUGAGUACUUUGCAGACUUCAUGAAUGGAAAAUUGGCCUGGGGAUCCUACUUUGACCACCUAGUGGAAUGGAACAAAUACAUUGACAAUGAGAACAUCAUGACAAUAAGCUAUGAGGAACUCAAAGAGGACCCAAUACUGGGCAUGAAAAAGAUUGCUUCUUUCUUUGGAUUUUCUCUGUGUGAGGAAGAUUUUUCCAGAAUUGCUGAGAAGACCAGUUUCAAAGCUAUGAAAGAGAAAUCAAAUGAAACCCAUGGAAAGUUUGGGGACGCCCUCUUCCGGAAAGGGGUUGUUGGAAACUGGAGAGACGUCUUCUCUAAAGCUCAGAAUGAAGAAAUGUACCAGAAAUUUCAGGAUUCCCUAGGAGGAACAAAGAUGGCAGCAAAGAUAAAAUAUGAUGUCUACUGCAAGGACUGA